AUGUUCUUCAAUUUUUUGGAACAAAGCUUCUUGCCGGAUUUACGUGCAGCCACAAUGAUGGAUUCACCUCGAGCCUUAGAAUCUGAUACAGCACUAGCUUUGAAUCGUUAUCUUUGCAAUGCUGUUCUGCCUCUCUUAUCAAACCAUUCACAUUUCUUCGCAGACGCUGAACAUCAUGCACCUUUAUUGGAUGCAACACUUCAUACUGUCUAUAGAAUGAAUCGCCUUCGAUCUUUAACUAAAAAUCAGAGAGAUGCUGUUAGUGAUUUCUUAGUGGCGUUAAGUCGAGAAUUACCUCCCACGAUGAUGGUUAAAUUGUUGAGAAAAGUUAUUGCCGAUAUUCAACAAAUGUCGGAUAAUGUACUUGUCCCGUUGAGGAUAAUUACUUUACAUUAUGAACGUUGUAAUAAAUAUUAUGGGAGUGGAAAUUCUUUGGGUGCUGCAUCUGAAACAGAGAAACGAUUAUCAAUGCUUCUAUUUUAUGCUAUAUUUGAUUCUCUCUCCUCUAAACCUUAUGAUCCUGAAUUAUUUGGAAAAGCAUUGCCUUGUUUGACAGCUAUCGGUUCUUCAAUUUCACCUGAUUAUGCCCUUACUUCUGAACGAGCUGAACUUACUACUUCCCAAGACUACGAAGGUGUUUGGGUUCCACAACAAUUAGAUUACUCAAAAGUUACAUUAAAUAAUGAAUUAAAUGCAAUGGUACAAAAAUUUGCUGAGCAUUUUCACGAUUCCUGGGCUGCACGUAAAUUAGACAAAGGAUGGACACAUGGAUUAUUAUAUUCAAGGCGAACAACUAAUCACCCUCGACUUGUUCCAUUUCAUCGUUUACAGGAUUAUGAAAAAGAAUUCUAUAAAGAACGUUGUGCAGAAUGUAUUAGAGCACUUGUUGUUUGGGGAUAUCAAUUUGAAUUAGUUGAUCAUGAUGCUAAUGAACGUGCCAAUCAGAGUAGAGUACUUUCUGGGAGAAAUGAGCGUGAUUUCAAUCCUCGUCCUGUUGAUCUCUCUAAUAUGAAUUUGGAUAAAGAAAUUCUUCAAGUCGCUGAACAAUUGGCAGAGAAUUCCCAUAAUCUUUGGGCUAGAAAAGUUUUUGAUGAUUUAGCAGACAAUAGUGCCCAAUACCCUUCAAUGCCUCUUGCUCUUGUUCCAUGGGAAUUAUUGACAGAUUUUGAAAGACGCAAAGACCGCUUCAGGGCCCAAGAAGUCCUCAAAUUCUUUCAAUUUCAUGGAUAUCGAAUUUCUAGUUCUUCCGACUCAGUGGAUCAGAUGUCGAUUGUUGACCGUUUCAAAAUUGAUGGAGGAGCAACAGCUAGUUGCACUACUUUAGGUGCUGAUCGUUCUUCUGUUGAAAAGCGUUUUGCUUUUAAUUUACUUGAAAAGUUACUUGCAUAUCUUGAACAAGCCAAUGUUCGAAUGAAAUCGUUAAAACCUUCACAUGAAUUAACAAAAAGAAAUUCUUUUCGGAGAGAAGGACAAGAUGUUAAAUUUUUUGAGAAAGUUGUUCUUCCAUUAAUGUUCGCCUACUUUAGUGCCCAUAGAAAUUAUUUUUUGGCAAGUAGUUCAAUGGUACAAACUGGGACUGCUUCAAAUAAAGAAAAGGAAAUGGUAGCAAGCCUUUUUUGCCGUCUUGCUGCUCUUUUGAGAAUUAAAAAUCAUGCUUUUGGCAGUGUUGCACGUAUCACAGUUAAAUGUCUUCAAGGGUUAACACAAGCUUUGGAUGUACGAACGCUAGUGAGGAUUAAUUCUGACAUAAUUCGAACAGGUGUUUUUAAUACAAAAUUCUAUCAGAUACUACUAAGGAUUAAAACUUAA